AUGUACACAUUGCGACUCAGUCCUUUCUUUGGAUACUUUCUAGACUCGGUGGACAAUAUCACUGUAAAGCUUGGAGACCUCACAACCACAAAGCCGAUGGCACCACCAGCUUCUAGUGGGACAACGAAUCAGCCAUCUCAAGAGGCGCAAAUCAAGAGCAACGACGAUGACACUCCAUCCAGUAAUCUUAUCAAGAGCAAUCAUGAUGUCCAAGUGAAGCUAGCUGAUCAACAAGCGGAUCCAAAUUCACCCUUGUAUUCUGUCAAAUCAUUCGAAGAAUUGGGAUUGAAUCCUGAUCUGCUCAAAGGCUUAUAUGCUAUGGGCUUUUCCAAACCAUCAAAGAUUCAGGAGCGUGCAUUGCCAUUAUUACUUUCCAAUCCACCACGUAAUAUGAUCGGCCAGUCGCAAAGUGGUACCGGCAAGACUGCAGCUUUUGUUUUGACCAUGUUGUCUCGGGUGGAUACAGCAGUGAAACAGCCACAAGCACUAUGUCUCGCGCCAUCGCGUGAAUUAGCACGACAAAUCAUGGAUGUGGUACAAGAGAUGUCACAAUUCACGCAAAUCACAACGGCAUUGGCAGUUAAGGAUUCGUUGACGCGUGGGCAUACGAUACAAGCACAAGUGGUAGUGGGCACACCUGGUACAGUGCAAGAAGCCAUUCGACGACGACAACUUGCAGUGCAGCAUAUGAAGCUCUUUGUAUUGGAUGAGGCGGAUAAUAUGUUGGAUCAAGCUGGAUUGGGUGAUCAAAGUAUUCGCAUCAAGGCGAUGAUUCGAGUGCCACAUCCAUUACAAGUCAUUCUAUUUUCAGCCACGUUUCCUGACAAUGUACGGCGAUUUGCCAACAAGUUUGCGCCUGAAGCGAACGAGAUUUCACUCAAGCGUGAAGAGCUCAGUGUGGAAGGAAUCAAGCAAUUUUACAUGGAUUGUGAUAGCCAAGAUCACAAAUAUGAGGUGCUAUGCAACCUAUACGACUUGUUGACUGUCAGCCAAAGUAUCAUUUUUUGCCACACACGUGAGACGGCGGACGAGAUUGCACGAAGAAUGACUUCCAUGGGCCACGCGGUGGUUUCACUCCAUGGCAAAAUGACAGCAGAGGAACGUGACAAGGUCAUGGAUGAUUUUCGACGUGGCGAAUUCAAGGUGUUGAUCACUACAAACGUCCUUGCCCGUGGCAUUGAUAUCUCACAAAUCACAUUGGUGGUGAACUAUGACUUGCCCAUUGACUACAAUACAAGGCAACCGGAUUAUGAGGCGUAUUUACAUCGUAUUGGUCGUACCGGUCGAUUUGGGCGUACAGGCGUCAGCAUCAAUUUUGUCCACAACAAACAAACAUGGGAACAAAUGCACAUGAUUGAAAACCAUUUCCAACGGCCCAUUGUCAAGAUAGAAACGGAUGAUUGGGAACAAGUGGAAAGGAAACUCAAGAGCGUGCUGUAA